AUGGCUGUUAUCUUCGCAUCGGGCCUGCUAUGCAUUGCACUUAUUCUUACUCUCUAUCGACGAUGGACUAGAAGGGCCUCGCUCGCAAACCUUCCUGGUCCUGAACCAGAGUCGUUCCUUCUGGGUAAUUUGCGCCAGUUUUACCAGGGCCAAGCGGGAGAAGCAGACUUCAAGUGGCAAGCAUCGUUCGGGCACGUAUUCAGAAUCAAGGGUAUACUCGGGGAAAAUUGUCUCUUCGUGUCGGAUCCCAAAGCACUGCAACACAUUUACCAUUCCGGUUACCUUUUUCGCAAGCACGUCAUUCGAAAGGAGCUGACUCGGGUCGUCGCUGGCAAAGGUCUCGUCUGGGCCGAUACCGAUGACCAUAAACGCCAACGACGAGUUAUUUUGCCAGCCUUUGGAGCGGCCGAAACGAAGGCUUUGUUACCAUAUUUUUCGAAGUUCUCAGCGCUUCUUGUCUCGAGAUGGAAGGAGACGAUUGGAGUGGAAAAGUCUGUUACACUCGAUGUGUUCUCAUGGAUAUCGCGAGCUGCCCUCGAUGCGAUCGGCCAAGCCGCUUUUGACUAUCCAUUCCAUGCCUUAGAAGACAAAGACACUCCUUUGAGGAAAGCAUUCGGUAAAGUAGCAGGCGAAACAUUUGGACGACCUUCGAAGAAAUCGAUAUUCAUCCAGAACAUACUUCAGUAUGCGCCGGGGUCUCUCAUGGCAUAUUUCUUCAGCCGCGCACCCACUUUUCAACAUGCGAGGGAGACAACUCGGUUGGUUCAGCAAGUCUCAAAGGACUUGAUUGACUCUAAGGCCGAGGCUUUCACCCAGGGUAGCGGCGAACGUGAUGUCAUGAGUUUGCUCGUAAAAGCCAACAUGAAAGAAAAGGCCAGUCAGGGUCUUACUGAUGAGGAAAUGUUGGCAGCAAUGCAAACCAUCAUGGGUGCAGGACACGAGACCACUGCGACAGCUCUCACUUGGACUCUUUACGAGCUCGCAAAAAAACCGGAUCUUCAAGUAAAACUCCGGCAUGAGGUUAAGGACAUGGAAAAGGUAAUCGGUGGCGCUGAUUUUUCAGUCGCAAACUUUGAGUCGAUGCCAUACCUACAGGCAGUGAUGAAGGAAGCAUUACGAAUGCAUCCGGUCUCGUAUUACGGACUCCGCGAAGCUGCGAGGCAUGAUGUUAUCCCUCUUUCGAAGCCGCUAACGUUGAGAGAUGGGAGUAUCGUGAAGGAAGUGCCUGUUGCUAAAGGGACGACGGUGUAUAUCUCUAUCGCAGGCUAUAACAGAAAUGAAGAUAUAUUCGGUGAAGAUGCCCAUGAUUUCAAGCCCGAACGUUGGCUUGAUGGGACUGUACCGAGAAAGGGUGCGACGGCCGUUGGUGUAUAUGGAAACUUGAUGACUUUCGGUAGUGGCGUCCGUUCCUGUAUAGGCUGGCGUUUCGCACUGCUUGAGUAUCAGACCAUCUUGGUGCAACUGAUGAAGAAUUUCGAGUUUUCUAUUGAUCCUUCUAUCGUUAGUAAGAUUCUCAGGGAAGCUGCGAUGGUCAUGCAGCCGACUAUUGACGGAGAGUAUGAGAAGGGUCCUCAGCUGCCUUUGCGAGUGUCUUUAGUAUCCGAUACUGCUUGA